AUGUCGAGCACUCGCCGCCAGGACGUUGCGGAUCGCACAGUCAUGACCGACGAGGUAAACACCUUCAAAAAGCCCUUCCAGACGGUAGACCGUCCACACGUCACCGAGCGAGACAUCCAUGAAGAAUACAUGCAAGACCCUCCUCAUAAUCAGCCUUUCGAGCGCAAAGGCGGUGAUUACGGGGGCCAGGGUUUGAAGGAGGGCGCACGGGAGGAGACCGACCCGAAGGAGGACGGUAUUCUGGGGGACCAGGCUACGGGCAAGGAGCUGAAGCAGUCCGUGUUGGGGUCCUUUGCAAUGGAGAGUUCUGUCCACCCAGGGAACCCCAUAUAG